AUGACAUCUCCAGAAUUAUCGGCGCGUCUACAAUACCUGAAUGACUCCGCGCAUCUCCUCGCAGCCACCGCUCCCGAGACGUCAAGGCACCUCAUGUCACGACACGACUCCCUGCUCUUCGACAGCAACCUCGACCCACCAACUACACAGAAGCGCAAAGCAUGCGGCGCAUGCGGGAGUAUCAUGAUACUGGGUUGGAACGGGGUUCUAGAGCUUAAGCAACCUGGACGAAAGAACACGCGUCGCCAGGGAAAAGUCUCAAACCCACAGAGAGCUGUGAUCUACACAUGCGAUUGUUGCGGCAGCAAGACUCGGAAUUAUUUUCCUACCCCUCAUCAAAAAUACAAACCUAGAACAAAACCUUCCAAGACUGUGCCUAUAUUAGCUACGGCUUCUCCAGGGACUGCGCAGACAAAAGAAACCCCAAGCCUUGGACAGUCCUCGAAUUCCAGCAGCAAGAAGCGAGCAAAGAGCAGGAAACAAGGCAGCCUACAAGCAAUUCUAGCGAAACAAAAGGCAUCAGAGGGAGCUUCUGCUUCUGGGUUUGGGCUCGAUUUGAUGGAUUUCAUGAAGAAUGGUUGA